CACAUGGCUAUGCUGCUAUACGAAGCACCCACAGGCAUCGCAAUUUUCUCUUUUGAUGGGGACUACCUGAAUGAUCCGGUGGAGGACUUCUGGGAAUGCUUGCCACCACUUAAUCUGGAGGAAUUCAUAAAAAAUGAGACGGUGCCUUCCCCCCUUGACACCAUGACUAAAGCUAUUGACGAUCACCUAGCCAAGAGGCUAACUGAGCUGUGUGGUUCUGAAAAGAAAUUAGUUGGGGGGAUUGUUGAAUAUAAAAGAAUAAUUGAAAUGAACCUGGUUAGUAUACUUGGUUAUCUUUCUUGUAGCUCUUGUCUGAAUGAACAAUAUUGA